UGUCACCGGCCACCGCAGUGUCCCCGGCCGCCGCCGCCGCUCUCGCGAGGGCCCGCGCUCUCCAUGUCCUUUCCCCGGUGUGCGCUGCUAUGGGCCCGGCUCCCGGCGGGGCGCCGCGCCGGCCACCGGGCGGCCGUCUGCUCCGCCCUCCGCGCGCACCCUGGGCCCGUCCCCGGGCCUCUGGGGCGCCCGCCAGCCGUUGCCUCCGCCUCCUCUUCUGCGUCCGGGGGUUCCAAAGCCCCGAACACGUCCCUGUUUGUGCCGCUGUCUGUGAAGCCUCAGGGCCCCAGCGCGGACGGCGACGUGGGCGCGGAGCUGACCCGCCCCUUGGACAAGAAUGAAGUAAAGAAGAUCUUAGACCAGUUUUACAAGAGGAAAGAAAUUCAGAAACUGGGUGCUGAUUAUGGACUUGAUGCUCGUCUCUUCCACCAAGCUUUCAUAAGCUUUAGAAAUUAUAUCCUGCAGUCUCAUUCCUUGGAUGUGGACAUUCACAUUAUUUUGAAUGAUAUUUGCUUCAGUGCAGCUCAUGUGGAUGAUUUAUUUCCGUUUUUCUUGAGACACGCAAAACAGAUAUUUCCUGUGUUGGAAUGUAAGGAAGAUCUACGUAAAAUCAGUGACUUAAGAAUACCACCUAAUUGGUACCCAGAGGCCAGAGCCAUACAACGGAAGAUAAUAUUCCAUUCAGGCCCCACAAACAGUGGAAAGACUUACCAUGCAAUCCAGAAAUACUUGUCAGCGAAAUCUGGAGUGUAUUGUGGUCCUUUAAAAUUAUUGGCACAUGAGAUCUUUGAAAAGAGUAAUGCUGAGGGUGUGCCAUGUGACUUGGUGACAGGUGAAGAGCGUGUGUCAGUAGAGACCAACGGGAAACAGGCUACCCAUGUUGCUUGUACUGUUGAGAUGAGCAGUGUUACAACUCCUUAUGAAGUGGCUGUGAUUGACGAAAUUCAGAUGAUUAAAGACCCAGCCAGAGGAUGGGCCUGGACCAGAGCACUUCUAGGACUCUGCGCUGAAGAGGUUCAUUUAUGUGGAGAAGCUGCUGCUAUUGACCUGGUUACUGAGCUUUUGUACACGACAGGGGAGGAAGUGGAGGUUCGAAACUAUACGAGGCUUACCCCCAUUUCUGUGCUGGAUCAUGCAUUAGAAUCUUUAGACAACCUUCGGCCUGGGGACUGCAUUGUCUGUUUUAGCAAGAAUGAUAUUUAUUCUGUGAGUCGACAGAUUGAAAUUCGGGGACUGGAAUCAGCUGUUAUAUAUGGCAGUCUCCCACCUGGGACCAAACUUGCUCAAGCAAAAAAGUUUAAUGAUCCUGAUGAUCCAUGCAAAAUCCUGGUUGCUACCGAUGCAAUUGGCAUGGGACUUAAUUUGAAUAUAAGAAGAAUUAUUUUUUAUUCCCUUAUAAAGCCCAGUAUCAAUGAAAAGGGAGAGAAGGAAAUAGAACCAAUCACCACUUCGCAAGCCUUGCAGAUUGCUGGCAGAGCUGGCAGGUUCAGUUCGAAAUACAAAGAAGGAGAGGUUACAACAAUGAAUCGAGAAGACCUCCGUUUAUUAAAGGAAAUUUUGAAUAAGCCUGUCGAACCUAUACAGGCAGCUGGUCUUCAUCCAACUGCUGAACAGAUUGAAAUGUUUGCCUACCAUCUCCCUGAUACAACACUUUCUAAUCUCAUUGAUAUUUUUGUAGACUUUUCACAAGUUGAUGGGCAGUAUUUUGUCUGCAAUCUGGAUGACUUUAAAUUUUCUGCAGAGCUGAUCCAGCAUAUUCCAUUGAGCCUGCGAGUGAGGUAUGUGUUCUGCACAGCCCCUAUCAACAAGAAGCAGCCUUUCGUCUGCUCCUCACUGUUACAGUUUGCCAGGCAGUACAGCAGGAACGAGCCCUUGACCUUUGCUUGGUUGCGCCGAUAUAUUAAAUGGCCAUUAAAUCCACCUAAUAAUAUUAAAGACCUCAUGGAUCUUGAAGCUGUCCAUGAUGUCUUGGAUCUUUACCUGUGGCUAAGCUACCGGUUUAUAGAUAUGUUUCCCGAUGCCAACCUUGUUCGAGACCUGCAGAAAGACCUAGAUGGCAUAAUCCAAGAGGGUGUACACAACAUCACCAAACUGAUUAAGAUUUCAGAGGCACAAAGGCUGUUGCAUUUGGAGAACAUGCCAGCAGACAGCCGGUCUCGUUCGCCGGGAACAUCGAAGAGCCAAGCAAGAAGGAUGCGCGGAACCAAAACGUUAGGGUUUAAAGCUGCUGAGCCGCCUGGCCCCGGUGCGGAAAAGUCCCUGGCUUCCAGGUUGGUGCAGCAGGGACUCCUCACCGCGGACAUGCUCAAGCAGCUGGAGAAGGAGUGGCUCACACAGCGGACUGAGCACGGCAGAGACAAAGCUGAGCCUGGGACUACCUCCAAAGGGUCAAGAAGGAAGAAGAAGGAACCUGAUUCAGAUUAGUUUUAUUUCUAUUUUGCAAAUAAAUAUCUAUUUAAAAAAAUUUUUUUUUCUCAUCUGCAUUUACUGUCUUAUAGUGUUCUGGUUAUCUCUGGUUUUUGUUUUUUUCUUUGCCCAGAAAAAUUAACUCUUAAACAUGAGUAAACUGGGUUUGUUUUUACACUAUAAAAAUAUGGAAUAUCUUAAAGAUUUUAUUUAAAGUUUUAUAGAACUUUGCAGUAUAGAACUAAGACAAUGCACUAUAAAGAACUCUGCAUGGCAAUAAAACCCGUUUGGUGAGUUGUUUGAGCAGUUUUCUACACCAUUGCUGAGGAUGUCAUGGGUGGAAUUGCUGUCUGUUGUACCCAUGUAUUGGAGCUGUUCUAGGUGCUGGAAACAUACAGUAAGCAAGAUGUAUUAUAUGGAGACAAAUAGGAAUAACUUAAAUACAUGUCAGCUCUGUGAGGGUAGAGAUUGUUGUGUGUCUAGUUCACUGCUAUGUUUUCAGUGCCUAGAAUAUAGUAGAAGCACAAUCAGUCUUUGUUCAAUGAAUGGAUGUAGUUUUGGAGAUAACUGCUAGUAUAAAGUGGAAUAAGAAAGAGUAACAAGUGGUAGCGGUUGGACUAUUCUAGAUAGAGUGGGUGGUCUUCCCAGGUCAGAGGUCAGUCUGAUGCAUAGUGGCCUCUCUUGUCCAGCACAGUUUUCAGCCCUGAUUAGUGAUACAGUUGAAAGGAGCUUAAGGGUGUGGGCUUUGGCAUUGGACAGGCCUGAGUUCAGCUUCUCAUCAUUACCCGCCCAGUGACCUUGCCCUCUCUGAAGAUGGACAGUAACGCCUAUUUUAAGUUGUUCAGGAGGUUAAAGUGAUGAGGUGCCAUUAGCACGGUGCUUGGUAUAUAUGAAGUGUUUCAUAAAUGGGUUCACUCUGGGCUGUGACUUGACCACUAAAGUCAUUCCAAGAACUGAACUAAUUUCUCAAGCGGCUGCUAAACAAGCUGACUUCAGACUAGUGAUUACACUGAAAAUGGGUCAAGAAUAGUUUGGUAAACUAGUUAUCUUCUAGCUUUCUCUUUGAUAGUUCUGGAGUUCAAACGAUGUCUCAUUUAAUUGAGAUGGCAAUCUUUAACCUUUGCCUUUCUGGGAAUAAAGGCUGAGUAGAGGCACUGAGUAUAUAUCUCCCUUAUUUGUGGAAAACAGUCGUGAAAUGUCCAGAAGGGCAGAUAUUCUUCAUUAGCUUCUAGAAUUUGCCUUCCCUGUGACUUACAUCAUAGCACACAUUGUCUCUUCUUGCCCAUUUGGUCUCAUGGUACUUAAGAAAUGAGGCACAUCACUUGGAGAGUUAGUUCUCCCACUUCAUUUUUGGGGCCAGAGUUGGUAAUUCACAGAAGACACUUAAGCAAGACCCUUGCAAACUUAGCCAAGUUAAAUGUUAGUGAAGUCUCAGGUAAGAGGAGUGAAGGUGGGGAUACUGUAAGGAAGGGGCUGCUUGAACACUGAGCUAAAGAGUAGAUGGUACUAAAUAGUUCACCUUUCACCUUUCCCUGUGUGGGGGAGGGAGAGUGUGUUUAGGCAGAAGAGACAGGAGGGAGAGUCUGUGGUUAGGCAGAAAGAUAAAAUCAGGUAAAACAAAUAGGAAUAAUAUAAUUGAAGUGACUCUGAGUAGUUAACUGCAAAGUGCUUACAAUUGUCACUUUAAAAACAACCUGGUCUCUGCACCAAGCUUGACAUGUAAUUUAUUUUUCUUUGAUGCUUCUGGGCCAGCUAAGUCCCAGGCAUGUUUCACUCAGGUCAUGUUCUUGACCUCUUUUUUUUUUCUUCUUUGUUUUUUUUCUAAAGGCCUUCCUUUAAAAAAUAUAUAUAUUUAUUGAUUUCAGAGAGGAAGGGAGAGGAAGAGAUAGAAACAUCAAUGAUGAGAGAACCUUUGAUCGGCUGCCUCCUGCACGCCUCCUACUGGGGAUCGAGCCUACGACCUGGGCAUGUGCCCAGACCGUGAGCUUCUGGUCACGCUCAACCAUCGACCCGUACUGGCUGGAUCUCAUCCUUUCUAAAACACAACUCUUUUUCUUGCAGUUUUCUCGCAGGAUUUGAAGGCUUCUUUGGAUUAUUGUGAAUUCAGUUGAACAUCAACAUGGAGUAUGGACUGAGACUUAGGUGUUAACUCAGUUCGUCGGUACGGAUCUGGCUAAUUUAAUAAGAUGUGGUUAGUUCAGAUCUGGUUAGGAACAAAAUCAAUGACUUGUAA